AUGAAAUUGUUCUCCCUCAAGAUCCAACUGAAACUCAUAUCUAUAAUUGAGCCAAGCUUUUCUCAGUGUCUACUUACAGUUCUAGACAAAAAGAAUAUUAAAAUUCAGCUCAUUAGUUCUAAUCCUGAAAUUAGUUCACUUGUAAAUGAGGCUUUCUUGACUCUUUUAUAUCCUUUUGAAUUUACACACAUUUUGAUUUCGAAUUUACCAUUCGAAUUAGAGUAAUAUCUUGAAGCUCCCCUGCCUUACUUAAUAAGGAUGAACAUCAAAUAAGCUGAAAUGUAUACAGAUGUCAUCUUAGUCUUCUUGGAUUCAAAUUAUAUCAAACAAAAUCAAACAAUUGAUGUUCCUGAAGAGUUGUUUGAUAAUUUUGUUUCGAAACUAUAUGAACUCGAUUACUAUUGCAAUCCAGAACUGAUUCAUACAAUAGGUGAAGCUUCUACUUUGCCUAAAGAAGACGAUUCAGUACUGGUUGAUCAAUACCAAAUAAGGGAAGUGCUUUUAGGAUUUAAUAUAUUCAAAAGAUUAUCAGAAAUAUAUUGA